AUGCCGUUCUGCUCAGCCGCUGGCCUCUGCGCUCUCGUGUUCGUACUGCCCUGGUUUCAGUGUGCUCUCCUCCUGCCGCAGCGCGUGCGGGUGCCCGAGCACCUUGCCCCUUUAGGAAAAGCCCUGUGUGAAUACUCAAACUGCUUACUACUCUUACCUCCCAGUAACAUUGCAAUGAGGCGAGAUGUGCAAGAGGGCCAGGCUCGGUGUUUAUCUCGCCUAGGAAGGCACAAGGAGGCUCUGGAUAUUGCAGAAAAAAUGAGAAACAGCGCUACUAACACAGAUCACUUAACGACGGUUCUCAACCUCCAGUUUGCCAUUUACCAGGGUCUGGAAAACGUAGAAAAAAAGAUCACGUGUCUGCAGCAGCUGAUCUGCUUGCAUCCUUUCAACCCUUGGUACUGGAAGUUACUCGCUGAAGCUUAUGUGAGCCUUUUACAGAGUUUGUCUCCAUCAGUCAUUCCAGAAACAAAUCUAAAUCAGUCUGAAGAAGUUAGUGUAAGCGAUAGUAGUUUCAAAAUAUCCACUGGAGGAGAGAUUAAUUUGCAGCCUCACAGAUCAGACAACCAGAAAGAAGGCCCUUGGUCCAGCCUUGCUACAGAAACAAAGAGGGAGAAUGCAGUGACUUGUAGGAGCAGCCAAGCUGUAAAAGAAUUCCUCUGCACGUCGGAAGAACUGGAAAGGACAGAUGAGGGGAAUCACACAGCCUCCGAGUCCUGGGAGAAAACUGGAAUAAAAGCAUGUGCCUCGUUUAUUAGAAGAAACAGCGCUACUAACACAGAUCACUUAACGACGGUUCUCAACCUCCAGUUUGCCAUUUACCAGGGUCUGGAAAACGUAGAAAAAAAGAUCACGUGUCUGCAGCAGCUGAUCUGCUUGCAUCCUUUCAACCCUUGGUACUGGAAGUUACUCGCUGAAGCUUAUGUGAGCCUUUUACAGAGUUUGUCUCCAUCAGUCAUUCCAGAAACAAAUCUAAAUCAGUCUGAAGAAGUUAGUGUAAGCGAUAGUAGUUUCAAAAUAUCCACUGGAGGAGAGAUUAAUUUGCAGCCUCACAGAUCAGACAACCAGAAAGAAGGCCCUUGGUCCAGCCUUGCUACAGAAACAAAGAGGGAGAAUGCAGUGACUUGUAGGAGCAGCCAAGCUGUAAAAGAAUUCCUCUGCACGUCGGAAGAACUGGAAAGGACAGAUGAGGGGAAUCACACAGCCUCCGAGUCCUGGGAGAAAACUGGAAUAAAAGCAUGUGCCUCGUUUAUUAGAGCAAGGCUUUUACUUCAGCUUAUCCAGUUGCAACAGUCGUCCUUUGUGCGAGAGAAUAACAUAAAAGGUCAAAAAGAAAUUGAUGACAAAGUGGCACGACUUGGUUUCGAUGCAAACUCCUUGCUGUUGAUGACGAAGGUUAUGGGGCAGGAUCUUAUACCAGAAAAACUAAAAGAGGAGUUUCAGGGUGAGGUAAAAUGCAUAGGCCCUUCGGCGCUGUCAUCGUUGGUAACUGCAUCAGCCACAGAAUUUGAAAUCAAAUGGUUUGCUAAUCUCCAAGAUGAUUUAUGUCACUUGGACAGACAAUUCUGUUCAGAUAUAUAUCUCCCACCUUCGGUAACUUAAAGGUUUUGUUGUAUUUAUUCUCAUAUCUCCGAAUGAUUAUGGAA